UCGACCAAUGUCAUGAAAUUUUUCAUUUCAUUUUUUUAUAGACAAAUGUAAACAAAUUUGUAAGGUUAGAAGAGGAAAGUAUGUCAGAUCUUAUCUGAACAAUAAAGCAUGGAAAACUAGAAUUAGCUUGCACAGACUUUGUUUAACAUAUGGAAUUUUCCGAAUAUCAAAUUACGGGCAUACCUGAGACAGUCUAUUACAUUCCGGAAUUUCUGACGCCUGCAGAAGAAGACGCAAUUUUAAAGAAAGUUUAUGGAGCUCCAAAACCAAAGUGGACUUGUUUGUCUAACAGAAGACUCCAACAAUAUGGCGGUGCGCCUCAUGAGAAAGGCAUGUUCCCUGAAGAAAUUCCAUCUUGGCUACAGUUUGUCAUCAAUAAAGUACAUGGAUUAAGUGCUUUCGAUGAGAAAAAGCCAAAUCAUGUGCUUGUCAAUGAGUAUUUGCCCGGGCAAGGCAUAAUGCCACACACAGAUGGUCCACUCUUUUAUCCUAUCAUAAGCACAGUUAGUUGCGGAUCUCAUACUGUGCUAGAAUUUUUAGAAAACAAUGACAACAGGAACAAAAUAUGUGAAGUCCUAGUUGAACCCCGUAGCCUUAUAGUUGUCAAGAAUGAUAUGUAUACAAAACAUUUACAUUGCAUUAGGGAGAGAAAAACAGAUAAUAUAAAUUCCUGUGUUAAUUGGAAAAACAACACUUCAAAUUCCAUGAAUAAUAAGGAAUUAGCAAGAGGUGUCAGAGUUUCCCUUACAAUUAGACAUGUUCCAAAAGUGAUAAAGGCUAAAUUUAUUAUCUAGUAUAUAUUAUCCAUACUUCUUAUACAUUCGCCUAUUUUUUAUGGAAAAAAACAAGCUUUCUGGACUCUACAUACUUUUGUUUAUUAAUGAGUAUUAAUAAAUCAGAGUGAAAAGGAAAAAGUGUUUCUAUAAACUUAAUGUACAAUUUUCCAACUCUGGAUCUUUUGUAAUAUAUAAUAUAAAA